CAAGUCUCGCCCAAUAAGAUCGCUCGCUCGGAUUUUCCGCCAAUGGCAAACAGACUUCAGUCAAAGAAACCCUUCUCGUGACGAAAACCUCGAAGAUUGCGAAGGCGGCAAGCGGCUAUUUAAGGGCUGUCCGUGAGGUGGAUAAAAGGGGUCGCUUUAAUAUUUUCGACAUCCUUAACCGCCAUAAAGGCCAAGCCGGUUUAUUUGGAACGGUGAAAACCCAAGCUAGGGCACAAUCACGUGCAAGGGACGGACCAAUCAAAAGAGCGGGAGUCGAACCCGAACGGAAGUGACGCAACAGGAAGCGCCCCGGACCUUUGUUGCGGUUUAACGAAAGAUCCGGAGGAUGCCUUUAUAACUGUGGCGGCCGGCGGCGGCGGCUGGGACAGGAUGGCUGUCGAAAUUCAACAAGCCUGCCUUGGACUUUAUUGUGGGAGAACAUUCAAAAUCGUGAAUGGGACAGAAAUCCCUGGAGACUGUGGGGUAUGUCCCAGAGGACAAAGAACAGAUGACCAAAAAAUCUGCCAACCAUGUGAGGGAUCUCCAGAACGCUAUGACUGGCUUUAUCUUGGCUUUAUGGCAAUGCUUCCUUUGAUUUUGCAUUGGUUCUUCAUUGAGUGGUAUUCGGGCAAAAAAAGGUGA